AUGGUGCGAAAUCACUUGAAGCACAAGGUGGCUGGCUGCUUCGCAGCUGCCGCACUCACGUGGGCACUUUGGAAACCUAUCGCCUUCGCAGCACCCAGAAGUGAUUUAGAGACUUUGAAGAGAGAAGAAGUGAGAGAUGAAGAUGAUGCGUCCGAAAGGGACUUCAGCAAAAUGAAGGGCAUCGGCAUGCUUCACGAAGUGAUUGGUGAGUAUGCUCUUCCAAAGCCCAUUGUGCUAUCUCCACACGGGGAGGCGCGAGUGCGAGAAGAUCUCGGAGUCAAUGUCACCCUCGUUGGGGAGGAUGCCUUCAGGGUCGCUCCGCAACAUUGGUCAAAGUAUCGGCCCUUUGGUCCUGUAGAAGAAAUGUAUUUGCGUGACAUGCAUGGGCAAACGGUGAGCCCCGCUGACAAUCCCGGGGUUCGCGUCGAGCCCGAUUUGGUGUCCCCAGACGAAGAGGAGCAGAUUAUGCAAGAGCUUGUGGAGAUGGCCUCCAACUUUGGCUAUGACUUUGCAGCCGAAGAUGGCGCCGCCGCCCAGUCGUGGCGUAUGACUGGACGAGAUGAAGGAAAGGCCGGCUUGCCGUUGGCGCCAUGGGGCUGGGGCAAGGACUUUGACGAAGGUAAACUUCCAAGUGGACUCCAAGGAGUGGUGAAGAAGCUGAAGUCCUUGGCUGGAUAUCCACUUGGGCCCCUUCGUGACGUCACGGUGAAUAUCCGCUCAUCUGAAGAUUAUCAGAUGGUUCCGCACAUCGACCCCCUGCAGGAUGGGCCAAACAGCUUUGUUCUAUCUUUGCUCAGCAGUGCUGUGGUCACCUUUUCGCCCAUUGCGAGCUUGAGACAUGACGCCGAACGUUGCAAUGAUGAUGAGCAGUACGCACAGCAUUCCUACACUGAUGAUGACAUUGACUGUUUGGUGCCGCGCCGUGCAGUCUAUCAUUUUGGAGGCAACGCGCGAUACCUUUGGACUCAUGCUGUCCGUGGGACAUGGUUUCUCUUGACUUGGUGCAAGCAGCGCAAAUUGGCACAGCGGGAGAACGCCAUCGCGAAGAUCUUUGCAGAGGUGAAAGCUCUGAACAAAGCCAUCACCAUGGUGGUCUCAGACGCCAGUUCUUCCAGCUUCAGUCGCCGCAACCUCUCCAAGUACUUGCUUCAAAGGGGCUUGUCUCCGAGCGAGAACUUGCUGCAAGAUGCCCAAGCGCUUCUGAGCCUGCUGCAAGAUGAUGCCAAACACAAGGACGUCUCCAACGGCUCAAGCUCUCCUGGGCCUCGAGCAAUGGCUCACGCAUUGAAACCAGCUGUCAUUGACCCUCAGAGACUGCAGGAUCUUUUUCCAGAGAUCAAAGCGAGCUAUGUGCAGCAACCUUUGGAUUACGGGCGCAACUCAAGGUAUGGAGACAACUGGCGCAUCUCUUGCUAUAUGGUGGUGAUGGAGAACUGGAAGCCUAAGAUCAUGCCACAUGAGCCGAUGCUCAAGUGUUUGGGCGACAUCAUGCAUGAAUGUGUAAGGAGUUUCGAAAGCUGGUACUGUACUCUGAAGGGCUUCAAGCAGGGAAGCAAGCCAUUCUCAGUCAUGAACGCCUUUGUGACGAAGUAUCGGCCUUUGCAUGGGGAGGAUGAAUUGCAGAAGCACAUUGAUGGAGCCAACGUGGAUGGUUCGGCGAUCUUGGCGCUUCCCACCGAUGAGCCCUUCGAAGGAGGAGCUUUGCAUGUUUGGGAUGGAAAGCCCAAGCAGGAGCUGGUUUACAAAAUGGCGCCCGGUGAUUGCAUGUUUAUGGAUACCAAGAUCUGGCAUCAGGCGAAGCCCAUUACUUCAGGCACUCGCUGGGCCCUGGUGCUUUUCCUAAAAUCGGAGAAGCCCACAUCUGCAGACUGA